UUAUUUCAUUCACCAUUUAUAUUUAUUUCCCACAAACGUACACACACUGAUAGACAACCAGAUCAACUUGCAUAGCUUGGUGAUUGGCAAAUCUCUGAUACUGAACUCAUGGCAAAGAAUGAUGUCAAGCUUUUGGGUAUAUGGGCUAGCCCAUUUGUGAUGAGGGCUCGGAUUUCCCUAAACAUCAAAUCUGUAAACUAUGAGUUUCUUGAAGAGACAGUUGGGUCAAAGAGUGAGCUACUUCUCCAAUCCAACCCAGUUCAUAAGAAAGUCCCAGUUCUGAUUCAUGGUGACAAGCCCAUAUGUGAGUCCCUAGUCAUUGUUCAAUACAUUGACGAGGUUUGGACCUCUGGUCCCUCUAUCCUCUCUGCUGAUCAUUAUGAUCGUGCUAUUCAACGAUUUUGGGCUGCCUAUCUUGAUGAUAAGUGGUUCCCUGCCAUGAGACGCAUUAGGGGUGCCCAAGGAGAGGAGAGGCAGGAGUUGGUGGAUCAAGUGGUUGAAGGGCUUGCUCUGUUAGAGGAAGCAUUUGGGAAAUAUAGCAAAGGGAAGGCUUUCUUUGGUGGAGAUCAAAUUGGGUUCAUUGAUAUUGCUUUUGGGUCCUUAUUGGGCUGGCUGAGGGUGACAGAGAAGGUGGGUGAGGUGAAGUUGCUUGAUGAAGCAAAGACUCCUGGGCUAGUCAAGUGGGCCGACUGUUUUUGUGCUGAUGCUGCUGUUAAGAGUGUUAUGCCUGACACAGAGAAGCUUAUUGAGUUUUCUAAGUUUCUUAUGGCCAAAAUGAAAGGGGCUCCUUCUCCUAAGAAUUAAAGUUUCUGUGAACAGCUUUAGUGUUGAUCAUAACUUUAUGGCCUAUGUUUUGUUGUAUUUGCUAAGAAAUGGCCUUUGGUUCAUGUGGUACCAGAGAAAAUGUAGCGAGAAAUAAAUUAACAUGAUGUAGUGUGAACUAAGCUGUUGUUUAAGUAAUUACUUUCAGAGUUUUGCAUAUAAA